CUCAUCUGACCCACACCUUCGUGAUUACCGCUGCCAGUAGGAAGAUUGAGGCUCCCCGGGCACGUCGCGCACCUUCGGCGCCAUGGCGGAACAGGAGAAACCCAAAGAAGAGCACGCUCCCAUAAACUUUGAUGAGAAUCACGAGGAGAAGCGUGAUUUCGUUAUCAGCGAGGGCCUGACCACAGCAGAGGCCGAGGAGCUCAUCAAGGUCCACGGGAGAAAUGAGCUUGAGGAGAAGCACACACCAAGCUGGCUUAUUUUCCUGCGCCAGCUCUACCAGCCCAUGCCCAUCAUGAUCUGGAUUGCCGCCAUCGUUGAGGGCGCCAUCGAGAACUGGGCCGAUAUGGGUAUCCUGCUGGGCAUCCAGUUCAUCAACGCCACCCUCGGCUGGUACGAGACCACCAAGGCCGGUGACGCCGUGGCUGCGCUCAAGGCCUCGCUCAAGCCCCUGGCCACCGCCAAGCGUGACGGCAAAUGGGCCAACAUCGACGCAGGCAAUCUCGUACCAGGAGACCUGGUACUCCUCGCGUCCGGCUCCGCCGUGCCCGCUGACUGCUUGAUCAACCACGGCACCGUCGACAUCGACCAGGCGGCGCUCACCGGCGAGUCACUGCCCGUCACCAUGCACAAGGGUGACAGCGCCAAGAUGGGCUCCACCGUCGUGCGCGGCGAGACCGAGGCCACCGUCGAGUUCACCGGCAAGAACACCUUCUUCGGCAAGACCGCGUCCAUGCUGCAGCAGAGCGGCGGCGAGCUGGGUCACUUGCAGAAGAUUCUGCUGACCAUCAUGUUCGUGCUGGUCGUCACCUCGUUCAUUCUGUGCGGUACUGCCUUCGGCUACCUGCUCGGUAUGGGUGAGCCCUUCAAGGAGGCGCUCAGUUUCACUGUGGUGCUGCUGGUGGCGUCCAUCCCCAUCGCCAUUGAGAUCGUGUGCACCACCACCCUGGCGCUGGGCUCCCGCGAGCUGAGCCGCCACGGCGCCAUCGUGACCCGCCUGGCCGCCAUUGAGGACAUGGCCGGCAUGAACAUGCUGUGCUCCGACAAGACCGGCACGCUGACGCUCAACAAGAUGGCCAUCCAGGACGACACCCCCACCUACCUUCCCGGCCUGGACCAACGCAAGCUGCUGCACCUGGGCGCGCUGGCCGCCAAGUGGCACGAGCCGCCCCGCGACGCCCUGGACACGCUGGUGCUGACCUGCGAGACCCAGGACCUGUCUGCCCUGGACGUGUACGAGCAGAUUGACUACAUGCCCUUUGACCCCACAGUCAAGCGCACGGAGGGCACCAUCAAGGACAAGCGCGACGGCACCACCUUCAAGGUCACCAAGGGCGCGCCGCACAUCAUCCUGAAGCUCACGCACGACGAGCGCAUCCACCACAUGGUUGAUGAGACCGUGGCGGCCUUCGGCCAGCGCGGCAUUCGCUGCCUGGCCAUUGCGCGCACCCUGGGCGAUGACCUGAACACCUGGCACAUGGCCGGCCUGCUGACCUUCCUGGACCCGCCUCGCCCCGACACCAAGGACACCAUCCACAAGGCUAUGGCCUACGGCGUGGACGUCAAGAUGAUCACGGGCGACAACAUCUUGAUCGCCAAGGAGACGGCCCGCGUGCUGGGCAUGGGCACCAACAUCCAGGACCCCAAGUCGCUGCCCACCAUGGACGCGGAGGGCAAGGCGCCCAAGGACCUGGGCAAGAAGUACGGCAAGAUCAUCAUGGAGGCCGACGGCUUCGCGCAGGUGUACCCCGAGCACAAGUACCUGAUCGUGGAGGCGCUGCGCCAGAACGGCUUCGCCUGCGGUAUGACCGGCGAUGGCGUGAACGACGCCCCCGCCCUGAAGCGCGCGGACGUGGGUGUGGCGGUGCAGGGUGCCACAGACGCCGCUCGCGCCGCCGCCGACAUUGUGCUGACCGAGCCCGGCCUGAGCACCAUCGUGCACGGCAUCGUGACUGCGCGCUGCAUCUUCCAGCGCAUGAAGAACUUCAUCAACUACCGUAUCGCCGCCACGCUGCAGCUGCUCACCUUCUUCUUCAUCGCCGUGUUCGCGCUGCCGCCCAUCGACUACCCCCAGGGCAUGUGGCCCACCUGCAACACUCCGGCUGCCGUUGGAUCCCCCACGUGCUGCCCGGAGACGUACACCUACGACAAUGUCACCUCCACAGUCACCAUGGAGUGGCUGCGUGAUAACCAGGGCAACGACGAGAUUGCGAACAACCUGAACGGCGUGUGCUUCACCGACGGCGAGCCCUGGCCCGACUUUUUCAAGAUGCCCGUGCUGAUGCUGAUGCUCAUCACACUGCUCAACGACGGCACCCUGAUCUCCAUCGGCUACGACCACGUCAAGCCUUCGGCCAUGCCCGAGAAGUGGAACCUGCCCGCGCUGUUUGCCAUCUCGAUCGUGCUGGGCAUGGUGGCGUGCGGCUCCUCGCUGCUGCUGCUGUGGGCGGCGCUGGACUCGUGGAACACCAACGGCAUCUUUCAGAAGUGGGGCCUGGGCGGCAUGCCCUACGGCAAGGUCACUACCAUCAUUUAUCUGAAGGUGUCCGUGUCCGAUUUCCUGACGCUCUUCUCCGCCCGCACCCACGACGGCUUCUUCUGGUCAGCUCGCCCCAGCCCCAUUCUGAUGGGCGCCGCCCUGCUGGCGCUGUCGCUCUCCACCAUCUUGGCGUGCGUGUGGCCCAAGGGCCACACCGACAAGCAGCUGAGCAUGGGCCUGGCCUACGAGACCGACCCGCACAGCAACACCCUGAUGCCGCUGUGGAUCUGGAUCUACUGCGUGUUCUGGUGGUUCGUUCAGGACUUCAUGAAGGUGGCCGCCUACUGGAUGAUGCACCGCUACAACUGGUUCGACAUCAACACCUCGAUGGCCAUCAACAAACGUGACGCCAACAAGGUGGACGACAGGCACGACCCCCUUGCCCGCGGCUCGGUGGGCCUGGUGGAGGGCAAGCUGCUGGCCGCCAAGGUGGAGGAGGCGCAGGCCAAGGUCAACGCCGCCAUCAAGCACGACCAGGCCACCAACCUGGGCCGCGCCUCGGCCAACCUGGGCCGCGUGUCCGCCAACCUCAAGCAGGCGGGUAUGGCGCGCCACUCGGGCAACCCCAAGGGUGCGGACGUGGAAGGCGCCGCGCAGACGGUGGAGAACGUGCUGUUGCACCUGGACGAGGCGCGGGGCGAGCUGGACCCCAAGGUGCAGCAGGAGAUUGCGCCCGCCAUCGAGGGCGUGCGGGAGGCCGCGGAGAAGCUGGCUGCCAACACGGCGGCCGCGCUCGGGGGAGCCAACCCCGAGCAGACGCUGGCAAAGAUUUCCUCGAAGCGGCACAUGUAAGCGGCGGCAGCAGGAGCGGCUCUGCUGCGGCGGGUAUGCUAGCGGCUUGCUGGCGCGCCGCGGCGAGGACAGGGCUUGUUGUGCGCGUGUAUCGUGCUGGGGGGGGGGGAGUAAACGUAGCCCGGAAAGGGGUUGCGCAACACUUAUGUUCCUACAUCGCACCUCUGGAGCGGAGUGGAGACGGUUUGCUUACUAGUAUACUUUUGCUCGCAUGAGCAAGCGCCGCCCUUCCAACGUGUCCGGUUCUUACUGCAUGCCGGGGUCUGGCUGUUGCCUACAAACUUUGCGACUGGAGGUUUUAACCAACUUGCAUGCGUGUGAUGAAAGGCCUUGGGGGGACGGUUUGAGUGACGAUGCGUUCACCUCGGCGGUCAGGGUGAAAUAGGCUCGAUGAAUACCUGAGCGUACGCAAUCGACAGCAAACGGGGUUGGACGUGUUCCUUCAAUGACCAGUGAUUUUGUGAGUAUGUAUGUCGCCCAUGAAACCUAGGAAAAGACACAAACCGCAGUGUGACCUGUGAUUGUUUGGGGAGCUUGCUGUGGCGCCCCCUCCGACGCAAUACUGACGUGUUUGAUGAUGGUGUGGCCCGCGAGGCAGUUGGAAACGCGUGUGCGUAUUAUGCCUUAAGCGCGAGGCCGUGUGAUCACUCGAUAGGGCAGUCGGCAGCUAUAUUAGCUGACGGCGGAUGGUUCACAGGAGACCGCACGAACAGUGCACGGCCGCGUGUCUCACACCCACGUGCCGCAAUCCGGACUGGUACGUGGCGCGGUCAACGCUAGUGCCCGUCACAAGUCUGCUUGGACAGAUGAAUGUGUGUGUAUGUGUGCGUGUAGUGUUUGUCAAGUCAAUGCUUAAUGAACGGGCAGCGGACGAGACAGGAGGUUUGAGGAGUUGCCUUUAAUAAGACAGGGACGGAGCACCCACAGGCUCGAGACAGGGAUGCAUCAUGUUUAGGAGAAGCGAGGGCUACGCUUUGAACUCGCUGUAAAGCAAUGGCAUGAAUACGAAUCCCCUGACAAGCUCCAACCGGGAGCACAAGUUGGUCGCCAACGCACUGGGCUCCAUGCGGGUGGGGCGCGGCGCCUGGACUGCGGCGGGAACCUGAAAGGCCGCGGAUGCUGUAGUCUCAGACU